CCGCCUCCCCGCACUACUCUAGCCCUGCCAUCUGGCUCCUCCACCGUCCCCCCAUCUCCUGAGUGCGCAUAGCCCUCCCAAGAUGUCACGAGACCCACCCGACCCCGGUAACCCCGGAAGUACAUGAGGGGUACGAAAAGUUUAAUCCCAGAAGGAAUUCCUGCUAAUUCCCCGCCAAAACACCAUCAAUUCAUUUUGAUACCAUCAAUGACUUCCCCUCCAAUUCUAGAAGAGAUACAGGUCAUCAACCCCUAUGAUGACAAUAGCUUUAUCAAGGAAGAGCACAGUCAUUGCUUGUGGCAGGAUGACCCCACCCAGGCCGUUAAUCUUCCGGCUGAAAAUGACCGGGGCACCAACUUCAAGCCUUUCCACGUAGAAAUACGCAAAUUUCGCAUCAGCCCACUGCCUCCAACGCCUCUACAACUAUUCCAGCUUUUCCUACCUAUAUCACUCGUUGAAAAAUGGGUAUCUUACACUAAUUCAUGGAUUACAUGGCUCAAAGAAAACGGCGUCGUUGACAGCUGGAAUAACCCGAUGGGGAAGACCUCAUAUCUGCACAAAUGGGAAGGAACAACGGUCUCAGAGGUGUUGACGAUGAUUGGUGUGCUAAUCUAUAUGGAUGUGCAUAAGGAAAAGACGAUACGAAGCUAUUGGAAUCCCCCCAAGCCCGGUGUUCAACGCCCUGCGCACUCAUUUAUCAAGUUCAUCUCAUACAACAAGUUUCAGCUCAUCCACAGGCGUCUUCGUCCCUUUGACCACACCAAAUAUGACGAAACCGCACCUAUUCCGAAGGUAUUCCAAUGCGUUGAAGAGUGGUCUGACCACAUACAAGCCGUAUCUAUGCAGAUAUUCCUGCCGGGGUCUCACCUUGCCGUCGAUGAGUGCAUGAUCCGCUAUACGGACAGAAGCGAUGACAUAACGGUUAUCAAAAGCAAGCCUGACCCCGUGGGCUUCAAGAUAUGGGUCAUUGCCCAAUACGGCUUCUUUAUUCGGUGGAUUUGGCACGUCAAGGAGAAACCACACGGUGCCGUUGGCGUUGAAUUUCAACUCAGAAGUCAUCAUCACAAGGUCGGCCAAGCAAGCGAAGAAAAGUCACAGUCGAAGCCCCUGAUAUAGAAGACGAGUCUUUCUCACCGAAUUCGACUCAGGCUAUCGUCGUUGCCCUUACAAAUAUGCUGCCAAAAGCGAAAUAUCACGUCUUUGUGGAUAACCUCUUCUCGUCGUCUCCCCUCUUCCGCAACCUCCGUAACCACGGCCUCGGGGCCACAGGCACGGCUCGCACGAAUAGCGGCAUCCAUGAGGAACUCGUACAAGAUAAGAACAACGACGGCAAAGUCAAGAAAAUGUACGAAUUCAAUACGGUCAAGGCGAUACCAACCCCUGACAACCAGGUCAACCAAAUCGCUUGGAAAGACAACAAGCUUGUGUUAUUUUUGACCACCGUGUUCACUGGUGCCGACGAUGAGCGUGUCAUACGGCAGAGGAAGAAGCCGUCGUCACGGAAGUCAGAAGCCAAGCCAAUACGCCGCUUUUUCGGUGACGAAGCUGUCAAGAUGAUCAACAUCCCGAUAGUGGCUGCUGAGUAUAACGAUCAAAUGAAUCACGUUGACCGUGGCGACCAACUGAGGUCAUAUUAUAAGUACGAUCAUCCCCUACGCCGUGGUGCGUGGCAGGCACUUGCAUGGACUUUCCUCCUCGACGUGGCCCUCGUUAACAGCUAUAUUGCUCAACUUCACGGACCGCAGCCAAAUUGGAAGAGAUAUACCAAUCAGAGGGAAUGGCGAGAGUGCAUCUAUAACGAAUUAUUCAACGCCUACGGUCAUGACAGUCAGGCAAGGCAGCGAUACCGACCAGGAGACGAGCGUGAUCUACAAAACCCUGAAUUACAGAGGGAUCACAUCAAUCGGGAGAUCAAUCAUGUCGACCGUCAUGUCAAAUCAGACUGCCUAGCCUGUCAGGGCUGUCGGCAGGGGCAGCUGAGAGCAAAAAGUGAGGCUUGGAGCCCUCUUACGGAGACCAGCGGUAAUAAGAGGAGGCACAAUGUACGGAGUCAGACCUCACAUGGCUGCCGUAUUUGCAAGGUUGCGAUUUGUAAUAACCAACAUUGUUGGGACUUCUAUCACCACCUAAUUUAGGAGAGGAAUUAAGUACCCUUU